AGAAUCGAACCUGAAUAUCACACAGUUUGAAUAUCGAACAUCCAACCAACUUCCUGUCGGUGGCUCAAGCUCUCGUUUUUGUAUUACAUGUACUAACUGAAGGUGGAUUAUUGGAACACAGUUUUUUUCAUUUGCAAGAUCCAAAUCUACAAAUUUUACAGAUUAAAACGUUUGUAUAAUCAAGCUCCAUCAUGGUGUCCACUAGAAGAACAUCUUAUCCUGAGCCUGGUGAAGACCAGACAGAAGAGGAUACCAAGACAUCAAAAAGCAAUGGCAUGGUUGGCAUCAUCUUCAUCUCAUUAGUCCUGGAUCUGUUAGCAUUCACAAUGAUACUUCCACUCUUCCCAACCUUGCUUGAUUAUUAUGGACAACAUGAUGAGAGUGGACUGUAUGCUUCACUGCAGCACAGUGUGGAUCAGUUUAGGGAGGUUCUGCGAAUUCCUGACACCAAAAAAUAUAAUUCAGUUCUUUUCGGAGGCAUACUUGGGUCUCUCUUCUCGCUGUUGCAAUUUAUUACUAGUCCAGUGAUUGGAGCUGCAUCUGAUGUGUAUGGAAGACGGUUUGUCAUGCUUGUUACUAUGGUCGGCAUCUCACUGUCCUAUGUUCUAUGGGCAAUGUCCUACAACUUUGGAAUGUUUGUGUUAGCAAGAAUCGUUGGUGGAAUUAGUAAGGGUAAUGUAAGUCUCAGUACUACAAUUGUGACCGAUGUUUCAACAACCAAAACCAGGGGAAAAGGCAUGGCUCUGAUUGGUCUUGCAUUUUCUGUUGGAUUCAUUGUUGGUCCCAUGAUUGGAGCUUACUUCGCUAAAGGAGGGCUCUUUGACGAGGGGUCGAGGGUCAUCACACCGGCUCUUCUUGCCCUGACGCUGUCAUUAGCUGAUCUACUAUUUAUUUUCGUCUUCCUCAAGGAAACGCUCCCUCAAGAAAAAAGGGCCCCUUCCAUGGGUAACUGUUUCCAAGAAAGACAGAAUCUUAUUAACCCCUUCAGUCUCUUCAGAUUUUCCGCUGUAAAAAACACUCCUAUAAAAGAGUUGCAGAUUUUACAGCAGUUGGGGCUAAGUUAUUUUAUCUAUCUUUUCUUAUUUUCUGGACUGGAGUUUACACUUACAUUUUUGGUGCAUAUACGAUUUCAGUACAGCAGUAUGCAACAAGGAAAAAUGUUUGUCUUCAUGGGUCUAAUAAUGGCUGCAUUGCAAGGUGGUUAUGUACGUAGAAUAAAACCAGGACAAGAAAAACGGGUUGCAUUAACUGGAAUGCUGAUUUUAAUACCAGCCUUUGUCAUCAUAGCUUUUGCUUCAGGGUCUUUCCUUUAUUAUUUAGGUCUUGCUCUCUUCUCAAUAGCAUCUGGAACUGUAGUGCCUUGUAUGACAACCAUUGUAACUAUUUAUGGUCCUGAGGAUCAGAAAGGUACUAUCAUGGGCAUCUUCAGGUCACUGGGAGCACUCUCUAGAGCCUUCGGACCAGCAGCAGCUUCAGCAGUGUACUGGGGAGCUGGAGCCGGUGUCUGUUACAUCUGGGGGGCUGUCCUCAUGGUAUUCCCUAUCUACAUACUCACCAGAGUUGUACCAACAAAGACACAGUAAUCAACCUUGUCAUGUGCCACAUCAAUUCAAGAGUCCCAACCUUCAAGUCACUCUCUUCAAUGUAGAGAUCUACAUCAAGUGGUCACCCUUUGGAGCAACAUUCUUCAUCAGAGGCUGUGAUAUCUUACUGCUUUCAUUUGCCAAAUCCAUAUUCCAUGUUAAUCAUUAAAUCUAUUUUACACCCCUCUUCAUUUUAAAGAUGCAGUGAUCUCCAUCUUAUUGGGUCACACCCAUCUACAUGUAUGCUCAUCAUCAAUAUUUCCACAGAAUGCAGAUCCAGGGAUUUACAUGUACAUGUAUUGCUGCUUUGUUAUGCCACACUCAUCUCCUUCCAGGGGCGUUGGAACAUAUUCUCAUUUGGGGGAAAGCCAAAAAAGGGUACUUACAAGUAUAAAUGGGUAUUUUGGUGCAAACAGAUAUUUUCACUGUGAGAUUGUCAUCUGCAUGAAGUAGUUGUAUGUUUUUUGAAGUAAGUAUGUUGAGCAAAGCCUUUUUGAAGUGAUUCCUGAUAAAAAAAAUACAUAUUUCAGCUUUGUUUUUGUCUCAUGUGAAAGCAUAACAAGAGAGCAGUUUGGGAUAAUUUUCAAAUCUGAAGUUGUAAAACUUGCUUUUUUGGUCUAUUAUGGCGCUGUUAAAAGGGCAUCCUUGCGAAUGUUGUGGGUGCAACUUUCGGAGAUUUUAUGUUAUAAGAUGUGAAAAUUUAACAUUCCGGGAAGAUUUUGUAAUCAUGAAAAAAAUGUGUUGCCUAACAAAAGAAUUCACUCAAGCACCAAGCCCAAACUAACAUUUUUGUCUCACCUGCAUAGCAGGGUGAGACUAUACAUGCAGUCGCCGCUUUUCCGACUGCAACGUCGACAUCAAGGUUAAGUUUUUUUUAAAUGACAGCAUAAUAUGGACCUAGUUCAUGAAACUUGAACAUUAUGUUAAUCAAGUACAUGUAUUACUGAACAUUCUGCCUGAGUUUCAGCUUUCAGGUCACAUGACCAAGGUCAAAGGUCAUUUAAGGUCAGUGAACUUAGACCAUGCGUGGGGAGUCAAUAUCAUAAUCUUAACCUAAGGUUAAGUGUUUGAAAUGUCAAUUUUCUUAGAAAAUAUCUGUUUAAUUUGUUUAAUUUUUGGCAUUACUCCUUUUCGUUUAAGAUCGAUAUGCUCGAUCUGUAAUAAAAAUCAUAAGUCAGAAAAAAUUGGAACCAGUGGGAUUUGAAACUGCCAUCUACUGCUUUCCGGGCAGCGACUAAUAACCACCAGACUAGUCUGGUUCACAGCUAAGCCAAGAUGAAUGGGAAUUCAAAUACCCUUGAUCGUCUUCU